CCAAGCUGGGCGCCUUCACCUUCGCGUGGGUGAGCUCUCCUGACCUCCGGCCAAUCUUUACUCCUGUCGCCACCAGCCGAUCUGUCGGUUCCCGGCGGGAUCCGGCAGCGCCCGCUGGACCCGCCCCGAGCUCAUGGUUUGCCCAGCCCUGCGCGAUGGUGACUCUGGGCGCGGAGGUUGGCGAUGGGCGAACCCACAGAUCACAGAAUGAAGGCGGGGAGCGCGGCCAGCGGCCGGCUGGGGCUGUCUCCCCGACCUCAGCGCCCAGAGAAGCGGCCCUACCACCUGAACCCAGAAAACGCCAACAAGUAGUUUCUCCUCGGAGAAGGGAGGCUCAGCUGGCCACCAAGACUGGGUCCGGCUGCCCGGAGAACCUCGUCCCUUCUGAAACCAAAGCAGAACCACUUUUCUCUCGGUUUUGUUAAGUCAUGUCUGAGCCACAGAGAUGGGCAAGAUCGAGAACAACGAGAGGGUGAUCCUCAAUGUCGGGGGCACCCGGCACGAAACCUACCGCAGCACCCUCAAGACCCUGCCAGGAACGCGCCUGGCUCUUCUCGCCGCCUCGGAGCCCCAGGGCGACUGCCUGACCGCGGCUGGUGACAAGCUGCAGCCCUUGCCCCCUCCACUCUCGCCGCCGCCGCGACCGCCUCCGUUGUCCCCGGGACCCGGUGGCUGCUUCGAGGGCGGCGCCGGCAACUGCAGUUCCCACGGCGGCAGCGGCGGCGGCAGCGACCACCCUGCAGGCGGCCGCGAGUUCUUCUUUGACCGGCAUCCAGGAGUCUUUGCCUAUGUGCUCAAUUACUACCGCACAGGCAAGCUGCACUGCCCCGCCGACGUGUGCGGGCCACUCUUCGAGGAAGAGCUGGCCUUCUGGGGCAUCGACGAGACCGACGUGGAGCCUUGCUGCUGGAUGACCUACCGGCAGCACCGCGACGCAGAAGAGGCGCUGGACAUCUUUGAGACUCCUGACCUCAUCGGUGGCGACCCUGGCGACGACGAGGACCUGGCGGCCAAGAGGCUGGGAAUCGAGGACGCGGCAGGGCUUGGGGGACCUGACGGCAAGUCUGGCCGCUGGAGGAGGCUGCAGCCCCGCAUGUGGGCCCUCUUUGAGGACCCCUACUCAUCCAGAGCUGCCAGGUUUAUUGCUUUUGCUUCCUUAUUCUUCAUCUUGGUUUCAAUCACAACCUUUUGCCUGGAGACACAUGAAGCUUUCAAUAUCGUUAAAAACAAGACAGAACCAGUCAUCAAUGGCACAAGUGUUGUUCUACAGUAUGAAAUUGAAACGGAUCCUGCCUUGACAUAUGUGGAAGGAGUCUGUGUGGUGUGGUUUACUUUUGAAUUUUUAGUCCGUAUUGUCUUUUCACCCAAUAAACUUGAGUUCAUCAAAAAUCUCUUGAAUAUCAUUGACUUUGUGGCAAUCCUACCCUUCUACUUAGAGGUGGGACUCAGUGGGCUGUCAUCCAAAGCUGCUAAAGAUGUCCUUGGCUUCCUCAGGGUGGUAAGGUUUGUGAGGAUCCUGAGAAUCUUCAAGCUCACCCGCCAUUUUGUAGGUCUGAGGGUGCUUGGACACACUCUUCGAGCUAGCACUAACGAAUUUUUGCUGCUGAUAAUCUUCCUGGCUCUAGGAGUUUUGAUAUUUGCUACCAUGAUCUACUAUGCCGAGAGAGUGGGAGCUCAACCUAACGACCCUUCAGCUAGUGAGCACACGCAGUUCAAAAACAUUCCCAUUGGGUUUUGGUGGGCUGUGGUGACCAUGACUACUUUGGGCUACGGGGAUAUGUACCCCCAAACAUGGUCAGGGAUGCUAGUGGGAGCCUUGUGUGCUCUGGCUGGAGUGCUGACAAUAGCCAUGCCUGUGCCUGUCAUUGUCAACAAUUUUGGAAUGUACUACUCCUUGGCAAUGGCGAAGCAGAAACUUCCAAGAAAAAGAAAGAAGCACAUUCCUCCUGCCCCUCAGGCAAGCUCACCUACAUUUUGCAAGACGGAGUUAAAUGUGGCCUGCAAUAGCACACAGAGUGACACAUGUCUGGGCAAAGACAACCGACUCCUGGAACAUAACAGAUCAGUGUUAUCAGGUGACGACAGUACAGGAAGUGAGCCGCCAUUGUCACCCCCAGAAAGGCUCCCCAUCAGACGCUCUAGUACCAGAGACAAAAACAGAAGAGGGGAAACAUGUUUCCUACUGACGACAGGUGAUUACACGUGUGCAUCUGAUGGAGGGAUCAGGAAAGGAUAUGAAAAAUCCCGAAGCUUAAACAACAUAGCGGGCUUGGCAGGCAAUGCUCUGAGGCUCUCUCCAGUAACAUCACCCUACAACUCUCCUUGUCCUCUGAGGCGCUCUCGAUCUCCCAUCCCAUCUAUCUUGUAAACCAAACUGCAUCAGUCAGCUAAAUUGUAUUAACUCAAGUACUGUUUACCCCAUAAUGGAAAUAAUUAAAUGUAGAGUUACUUCAGUUUCCAUUAAUACAGUGUAAGUCCUGCAUGAUACUACUAUUUGAAUUCAGAAAUGCCACUUGAGUAGCUAACAAAUCUUAUUCUGGCUUCAAAGAUUAUCUAAAGUAGUGCUACUACUUCUCCAUAUUAAUUGCCCUGAUUUCUGUUUGCAAUAAAAUGACAGCUAGUGUCAGAUAUUGGCCAGUAUACUAAUACAUAACAUAUUUCAGGGAGAUAUAUUUAAAACAGUGUGCAUCCAAAUGCCAACCACUUCACUGGAACUUCAUUUCUUGUGACUCUAAAUCAUUCUGAAGAUGUCUGGGAUCCUAUCUCGAUUGCACAAAAUAAUGACUCUGGUCAGCUCAUAUGCAUGGACCAUCUUGUCUCUAUCAUCUGAAAGCAGUGUUGCAGUUUGGGAACUGUGGAUGGCUCAGGAUAUGUGUACGUUCAUCGAACCAUCCUCCUGAUAUGAAAUCACUCACUGGUCGACUGUUCUGCAUGGAUUGUGGGACAAGGAGGGUGAAUUUUUCCUUGAUGUUUCUUUUCUCCGUAUUCUUUGAUAAAAAUAUUUGUUUAAAAUAGCUUAAGUUCUUAAUUGAUUGACUUCAAAAGUGCUAUAUUGGAGUUCUGAAUGUCUUUGGUUGUUUGUACACAGAUAACUGCAAAGAGGUUGUCAUUACUGGUUACACGCAAGCUGAGGCCAGAUCUCUUACUUAAUGACUUGGGGAAGGCACAAAACAUGAGAGAAAGGUAACUGCCAACCAGGCUUGCAUUGUUUAGUCAGGAAUUACUGCUUGGUACUGGAGUCAUUUUCUUUUCUUUUUUUUCCUGUCCCAGAAUUUGUCAUCAUUUUCAGAGACAGAGUGCCAAAUAUCACCCAAAGCUCUCGUGUCUUUUGGCCCCUUCCUUUAUUUUUACUUAUUAAUUUUUGUGCAAAUGUCAAAGGUCACUGGUGUUCACAGGAGGCUUUUUUGACUAGCCUUAAAAUUCUGAAUCAAAGGACUAAUCAGAUUUUCAUGCAGUGUUUAAUCAGGUGCUUUGUCUUGUAUGUUGUUUCCGUCUGUCUUAGCUCCCUGUCCUAACUGUAUUUGCCAUCUGUCUCCAUGAAUUGUAGAAAUGCCUUGGGAAAGUGUUCAUGAUUUCAGUAGUGGAUCCCUCAUCCCGUCUCCCUGUCUCCUUUGCUAUUUGGAGCAGCCUCUCUGCUUUGUGUACAAAUUAACGAUGCCCUGUAAACUACCUAAGCUAAUCGCACUGUGAAAAUUUUCGACAAGCAGGAUUUAAGCAGCAAUCUCACCACAGCACUUGGUUGCCUGCUGCAGUGUCAGUUUCUACUACCUAGCAACCAGCAUUCGUCACUACACGCCAACAAAAUCCCUAGGGAGUCUUAGUCUGAGUAGAAGAAAGUCUGUUUACACAUCCCUACCAAAUGCAAUAGCACUAGCGUGUCUGGUGUAUUGGGCAUGUGAGGGAAGAAAAUGCCAUAAGAUAAACUGAGAAAUUAAAAAAAAUAUAUUUUUAAGGCACUUAGGAUCCUUGAGAUUAUAGAGUAAUUCCUAAUUCUCAUGGUUAUUUUUUGAUAGGAAGACAACUGUCAUUUUUAUUAUUGGCCAAGAAAUAUCUAUUAUUCUAUAUCCCUGAGACCUACAGCAUGACCUGCAUGUCAGAGAUCUUGUACAACAAUGUAUUUACCCAGACAAAAUAUCUAUAUUUAGAGAUACUAUGAUCAUUUUGAUAAAAACCAU